UUGUGCAGAUCUGUUGCAGCACUCAGUUUGGUUAUAGAAGGGCUACGCUCUGCCAAGUUCUCGUCGCCACAAAACCCGGUAAACUCUCCUUUAGAUCCGAGGGAUCAAAAUCAUGUUGUUCUUUUCGUAUUUCAAGGACUUAGUGGGAAGAGAAGUGACGGUGGAGCUGAAGAAUGAUUUGGCAAUUAGAGGAACCCUUCACUCCGUUGAUCAAUACCUCAAUAUCAAGCUCGAGAACACUAGGGUUGUCGAUCAAGACAAGUAUCCUCACAUGCUUUCAGUAAGGAACUGUUUUAUCAGAGGUUCGGUUGUGAGAUAUGUCCAGCUACCUCCAGAUGGAGUUGACAUUGAAUUGCUUCAUGAUGCCACGAGAAGAGAAGCUCGGGGAGGCUGAAAUGCAUUGCUGAAAAAUCCAAUGUACUUCUAAUAUCCGAUUUAAGAUUAUACUUUUGCUUCAGAUAGUUUCUGAAUUGGACAAAGAUAGUGACACUGAUCUCGCCUUGCUGUAAUAUACACAAAUUGAUGUUGGUUUGUGUGUCGACAUAUUUUAUUUGCAUUA